CCUUCUGCAGUUUGUAAUUGCAAUAUUUACUACAAAUUUCCCAUUCCUGCAUACUUCUUGGGAUUUUUCCAAACAAUUAAUACAUUUCCUGCCCUCAAUUUACACUCUUCUUCUACCCAAUAUUAUUACUAUACUUCAAUUCAAUUCAAUUCAAUUCAAUUCAUUUACUCUCUUUUUCUCUCUCUACACCCUCCACAAUUUAAUUAAGCUUUAAAUUACUCCCCCUUCAUUUUCCUUGUAUAAAUUCCCCUUCAACCUUCUUCCAUUCUCACCACAUCAACAACAACAACAACAACCACAAACACUCCUUCUCUAAACUUCUUCCUUUCUAUAUACAGAGGAAAAUUAAGGAUGAGUCGAAGAAACGGAAGUGGACCAAAGCUUGACUUGAAACUGAACCUAUCACCACCAAGAGUUGACCGGAGAAUGGAGUCAUCACCGACACGAUCAGCGUCGGUGUCGCCGCCAAGUUCAUGUGUUUCAUCGGAGAAUGAUCCAAACAGUCCUGAACCAACUUCCAUGGUACUUGUUGGUUGUCCUCGUUGUCUCAUGUAUGUCAUGCUCUCUGAGAAUGAUCCAAAAUGUCCAAAAUGCCACAGCACCGUUUUGCUCGAUUUUCUCAAACUCGACAACAACAACAACAAUAACAAGAAGAGUUAGAGAGAUCCUCUGUUUCAUCCUCUGUUUUUCUCAGAACUAGGAAUAUUUAUAUUUAUAUUUAUCAUUAUUAUUAUUAUUAUUAUAUUAGUACUAGAUUUUAAUUUAUCCUAGGAAUAUCUUCUUUUUUUUUUUAAUUUAAUUUUUAACCUUUUCUAUGAGUAGUGCUAAGUGCGCUCCAUUUUUACCAUCUUUUCCAUUCAGGAAAAAAAAAAUCCCAACAAUUUUGUUAAAGCAAGAAAAAGAGACAAGAAGUGGAGCGUAAAUAGCACUAUUUCUAAUUAUAUAAAUAUAGUAUAAAAAAAAAAAGAAGAAAAAAAAAUGUAACUGAGAAAUUCAGGAAUGUUAGGAGUAUCUAUUAUAUGGGUUCAGAUUUUAUGCUCUUUAGACAGUGUAGUAGGGCUUAACAUGAUGUACCCUUUUAAUUUGCUUAUUGAAAUUUAAGGUCAAAAUCAACUUUUUAGUUUA